GCCUCUCUCUCUCUCUCUCUCUCUCUCUCUCUCUCUCUCUGAAACCAGCUCAGGAUCCAGGAAAGCUGUGCCUUUAAUUUGCCAACUGCAAACUCAGAGUGAGUUUGCCUCCCAGGCAUCCCAUUACAGUGGAUCAGGCUCUGCUAUAUAAACCAGGAGAAGCUGCAAGCCUCACCACAGUUUGCCUUACAGUCAAACCUCUCUCUCUCUCUCUCUCUCUCUGUCUCCAUCUCCCCCCCCCCUUUCUCCCCCACUGAGUCACACCUACAUCACAGAGACCCGGGCAACUUUGCUGAGCUUUUCCCAGGACAGAAAGAAAACCAUGCAGGCAUCUGGCUUUUGAGUGCCCUCUUCAUCCUAUGGAGACUUGAACAGAAGUGGGCUGUGGUUCAUAUCCAGGGAGGAACAACCAAGCUGAUCAGGAGGAGGGAGAAGUGAAGAGCCCCCAAUCUGUCCACGUCCGGCGGGCUGUGAGCGUGCAUCCACAUUGAAGCCGCAAGGACGUCCCGGAGGAACUGAACCUCAGCAUGGGUCUCCCCACGUGGGUUUGGGCCGUGGCGGUCCUCUCUUUGCUCCAUCAGUACGUCAGUGGUGGACUCAUCAAGAGGAUAAUUCGGCAGAAGAGGGAGACGGGGAUAAACGUCACUUUGCCGGAGGACAAUCAGCCCGUGGUCUUUAACCACGUCUACAAUAUCAAGGUCCCCAUGGGCAACCUCUGCUCCGUGGACUUGGACCCCGCCAGUAGAGACACAGACCUUACAUCUGUCGAGCCGGGCAGAGAUUCUCAGGAGCACACGCCGAACGAGGAGAACCAGAUCGUCUUCACGCACAGAAUCAACAUCCCGCGGCGAGCCUGCGGUUGCGCGGCAGCCCCCGAUAUCAAGGAUCUCUUAAGCAGGCUUGAGGAAUUGGAGGGGCUGGUAUCCUCUCUACGAGACCAGUGUGCCGGUGGUGUGGGCUGCUGCCCAACCGGGCAAACAGCUGUGGGCAUUCUUGAGGCCAAGCCGUAUUGCAGCGGGCAUGGCAAUUACAGCAACGACCACUGUGGGUGCAUCUGCGAACCCGGCUGGAAAGGGCCCAAUUGCUCCGAGCCAGAAUGCCCUCAGAAUUGUAACCACCGGGGCCGCUGUGUCGACGGCAAGUGUGUUUGUGAUGAAGGCUACACCGGGGAAGCCUGUGAGCAGCAGACCUGUCCUGGGGACUGCAACGACCAAGGCAAAUGCAUCGACGGGCAGUGUGUCUGCUUUGACGGCUUCGCCGGGGAGGACUGCAGCCAGGAGGUGUGCCUAGUGCCCUGCGGCGAGCACGGGACAUGUGUGCACCAGCAAUGCAUCUGCGAGGCCGGCUUCACCGGGGCGGAUUGCAGCGAGCCGCUGUGCCCAAACAACUGCAACAACCGAGGCCGCUGUGUGGAAGAGGAGUGCGUGUGCGACGAAGGGUACACCGGCGAAGACUGCGGCGAACUCAUUUGCCCCAACGACUGUUACGACCGCGGCCGCUGUGUCAACGGGACCUGCUAUUGUGACCCGGGGUUCACCGGGGAGGACUGUGGGGAAGUCGCCUGCCCGGACAACUGCCACAACCAGGGGCGCUGUGAAAACGGCCUGUGCGUCUGCUACGAAGGGUUCAUGGGAGACGACUGCGGGGAGCGGAGGUGCCCCAGUGACUGCAACCGGCGUGGGCGCUGCAUCGACGGGCAGUGUGUCUGCCACGAGGGUUUCUUGGGCUUCGACUGCGGGGAAGUGAAGUGCCCCAACGACUGCAACAGCCGGGGCCGCUGUGUCAACGGACAGUGCAUCUGUGACGAACGGUUCAUGGGGGAGGACUGCAGUGAAUUAAGGUGCCCCAGCGACUGCAGCAACCGGGGGCGGUGCACCAACGGCUGGUGCGAGUGUGACGAGGGCUACACGGGGGAGGACUGUGGCGCCUUGAAGUGCCCGAACGACUGUCACGGCCGCGGGCGGUGCAUCAACGGGCAGUGUGUCUGCGACGAGGGCUUUGUGGGCGAGGACUGUGGUGAGCAGCGGUGCCCCAGCGACUGCCACAACCGGGGCCGCUGUGUCGACGGCCAGUGUGUGUGCGACGCGGCCUUCACCGGGGUCGACUGCCGCGAACUGAGGUGCCCCAAUGACUGCAACCACCGCGGCCGCUGCGUCAACGGGCAGUGCAUGUGCGACGAGGGGUACACAGGGGAGGACUGUGCAGAGCGGAGGUGCCCCAACGAUUGUAACGACCGCGGGCGCUGCCUCGACGGGGUGUGCGUGUGCGACCAAGGCUUCGUAGGCGAGGACUGCCACGAACUGGCCUGCGUGAACAACUGCAGCGGCCGAGGGCGCUGCGUGAACGGGCAGUGCGUGUGCGACGAGGGGUACCGAGGGGUCGAUUGCAGCGAACACUCUUGCCCCAAUAACUGCAAUGAUCUGGGCCUCUGCGUAGACGGGCGAUGCGUCUGCGAAGAAGGCUAUGUAGGCAUUGACUGUUCAGAUGUGUCUCCUCCAAAAGACCUGACCGUUACAGAUGUGACAGAUAAAACUGUGAACUUGGAAUGGAAGAAUGAUAAUAUCGUCACCGAAUACCUCAUCACCUACAUUCCCACUGGCAUCGGUGGUCUAGAGCUAGAAAUCCAAGUUCCUGGGAAUCACACCUCGGCCACCAUCAAGGGGUUGGAGCCUGGUGUGGAGUAUUUCAUCCGUGUAUUUGCCAUCCUAAAGAACAAGAAGAGCAUCCCCAUCAGCGCCCGGGUAGCCACUUAUUUGCCUGCCCCAGAUGGCUUGAAGUUCAAAUCUGUUAAGGAGACGUCGGUGGAAGUCGAAUGGGACCCCCUGGACAUCCCAUUCAGCGGGUGGGAGAUCGUCUUUAACAGCUUGAAAGAGGAAGACAAUGGUGGUAUCAGGAGCAGCUUGAAGAGGCCACAGACGUCCUACCAGCAGCCAGGGCUGGCACCGGGACAGCAAUACAACGUGUCACUCUAUGUGGUGAAGAAUCAAACCAGGGGGCCUGGACUCUCCAGGGUGGUGACUACAAGACUUGAUGCUCCCAGCCAGAUUGAGGCACAAGACGUUACAGAUACCACGGCACUGAUCACAUGGUUUAAACCUUUGGCUGAAAUUGACGGCGUUGAGCUGACUUACGGGCCUAAGGAUGUCCCCGGGGCCCGAACCUCAGUUGAUCUCUCGGAGGACGAAAGCCAAUAUUCCAUCGGAGACCUGAAGCCACACACGGAGUAUGAGGUGACCCUAAUAUCCCGACGUGGGGAUAUGGAAAGCGACCCUGUGACCGAGACCUUUGUCACAGAACUGGAUGCUCCAAGAAAUCUGAAACGCCUCUCUCAGACAGACAGCACCAUCACCCUGGAAUGGAAGAACAGUCAAGCAACUCCUGACUCCUACAGGAUCAAGUAUGCCCCCAUUUCUGGCGGCGACCAUGCCGAAAUCACAGUGCCCAGAAGCAACCAAGCCACGACCAAAGCCACACUCACAGGACUGAGACCCGGCACAGAAUAUGGCAUUGGCGUGACGGCCGUGAAGCAGGAUAAAGAGAGCGCCCCCGCUACCAUUAAUGCUGGAACCGAAAUGGAUAGCCCCAAGGACCUGAGGGUCAGUGACCCUACUGAGACCACUCUCACCUUGCAUUGGAAGAGGCCCUGGGCCAAAUUCGAUCGUUAUCGCCUGUCUUACGUGACCCCAUUGGGGAAGAAGAAUGAAAUAGAGAUUCCUGCAGAUAGCACGUCUCAUAUCAUACGAGCCCUGGAUGCUGGAGUAGAGUAUACCAUCAGCCUCGUGGCAGAGAAAGGCAGACACAAAAGCAAGCCCUCAACAGUGACCGGUUCAACGGAGGAGGAACCUGAGCUGGGGAAUUUGUCAGUGUCAGACGUUCACUGGGAUGGAUUCCAGCUCACCUGGUCGGCCGCGGACGGGGCCUAUGAGAACUUUGUCGUGCAGGUGCGGGAGCCGAAUAAUCCAGCAGAUGCGAGGAAUCUCACCGUUCCAGGCAGCUUGCGAUUGGUGGAUCUCACUGGCCUCCAGCCAAGCACAUUUUAUAUUAUCACCCUCUUUGGGGUAACUCAGGGCUUCAAGACAAAACCCCUCUCUGUUGAAUCCACCACAGCAGCGAAGCCCAAAGUCGGCGAUCUAACCGUUUCCGGCAUUACCCCCGAAAGCUUCAACCUUUCCUGGACGACCACAGACGGGGCCUUCGAGAGGUUUACCAUUGAAAUUGUUGAUUCUAACAGGUUGCUGGAACCCAAGGCGUACAACGUCUCAGGCCAUUUAAGGACGGCUCAUAUCUCAGGGCUGUCUCCCCAAACUGAUUUCAUUAUCUACCUCUACGGAGUCACCCGUGGUUUCCGUACGCAGGCGUUGAGCGCUGCAGCGACUACAGGGGCUGGGCCACAGCUGGGCAGACUCACACUCACAAACGCUACCUACAACCUCUCCUGGACUGCGAGAGACGUGCCUUUCACAAAGCUGGCUGUCAAUGUUAGAGAUUCGUAUCCAGCCCCUGAGCCUCAGAAGCUUGCAGUCUCAGGAGAGGCUCACGACACCCUCAUCUCAGGCCUGGUAGACUAUACUGAUUAUGACCUAAAUGUUCAGGGCACAAACACUGGAGGGAGCCCCACUGAGACCCUCAUCUCUUUGGUGAUGACAGAAGCAGAACCCGAAGUAGACAACCUUUUGGUUUCAGACGCGACCCCGGAGGGCUUCCGUCUGUCUUGGACGGCAGACGACGGAGCCUUUGACAGUUUUGUUCUUAAAAUCAGGGAUACCAACAGGCUGGCAGACCCCCUGGAGCUCAUUAUCCCAGGGCAUGAACGCACCCACGAUAUAACAGGGCUGAAGGAGGGUACUGAAUAUUAUAUUGACCUCUCUGGAAUUACCAGUGGACGGCGUUCCCAGCCGGUAAACGCAGUUGCUAGAACAGUGAUGGGAUCUCCCAAGGAAAUCACUUUCUCCGAUAUCACCGAAAACUCAGCCCUGGUCAGCUGGACAGCCCCACGGACACGUGUGGAUAGCUUCCGGAUUUCCUACGUCCCAGUUACAGGAGGUACCCCCAGUACUACGACCGUGGAUGGAAGCAAGAGAAGGGCCAAACUGGUAAAGCUGAUCCCUGGCGUAGAGUAUAUCGUCAGCAUCAUCUCUGUCAAGGGCUUCGAAGAAAGCGAGCCCGUUUCUGGCUCUCUGACCACAGCUUUGGACAGCCCGUCAGGUCUGGUGGCCGUGAACAUCACGGAUUCGGAGGCACUGGCGAUCUGGCAGCCAGCAAUUGCUGCAGUGGACGACUACGUGAUUUCCUACCUUGCUGAGGGCGAUUCAGAGGUAACGCAGAGCGUCUCGGGCAACACUGUGGAAUACGACCUCUUCGGCCUCCGUCCUGCGACUGAAUAUACACUCAAGAUCUAUGCUGUUAAGGGACCACAGAGAAGCACGGCUAUCACCACUAAAUUCACUACAGGCCUCGAUGCUCCAAGGGACCUGACCGCCAGCGACAUUCAAUUUGAAACGGCACUCUUGACAUGGAGGGCCCCCCGUGCCUCUGUCACCGGUUACCUGCUGAUCUACGAAUCUGUGGAUGGCAAGGUCAAGGAAGUCAUCUUGGGACCGCAGUCGACUUCCUACAGUUUGUCGGAGCUGAGCCCCUCGACACAGUACACGGUGAAGUUGCAGGCGCUGAAUCGGGACUUGAAAAGCCGGAUCAUCCAAACCAUUUUCACCACAACCGGACUCCUGUAUCCGUACCCCAGAGACUGCUCCCAGGCCCUGCUGAAUGGAGAAACGGCGUCAGGCCUCUACACCAUUUAUCUCAACGGCAACCAGUCCCAGCCCAUCAAGGUCUACUGUGACAUGAGCUCCGACGGAGGCGGGUGGAUUGUGUUUUUAAGAAGGCAGAAUGGAGAGGAGGAGUUCUACAGAAACUGGAGGACGUAUGAAGCUGGAUUUGGAAAUCCCACGGGUGAAUUCUGGCUUGGUCUGGAUUCGCUCCACAAGAUCACUUCCCAGGGCCAGUACGAGCUGCGUGUGGACUUACGGGACCACGAUGAGACAGCCUAUGCCCUCUACGACAAGUUCAGCGUGGGAGAUGCCAAGACCCGCUACCGGCUGAAAGUGGAUGGAUACAGCGGCACUGCAGGCGAUUCCAUGACCUACCACAGCGGACGUCCGUUUUCCACGUUUGACAAGGACAGCGACUCCGCCAUCACGAAUUGCGCCUUGUCGUACAAAGGGGCCUUCUGGUACAAAAACUGUCACCGUGUCAACCUGAUGGGCAGAUACGGAGACAACAGCCACAGCCAGGGUGUGAAUUGGUUCCAUUGGAAGGGUCACGAGUACUCCAUCCAGUUUGCAGAGAUGAAACUGAGACCGUACAGCUUUAGGAAUCUAGAAGGCCGACGGAAGAGAGCAUAAGCGGGGGAAAGCCCUGUCGGUGGAGAAAAGAGGGAAAGAGAGAGAAAGAGAAAGAAGGAAAAUGGACAGGGCAGCUGAAUUUUUUUCCAGAAAAUUGGGGAAGGGAAAUUAUCAGUGAAGAUGGAAAUCUUACCAAAGCAUGGGUGUUGCUUGGCCUAACCUUGGCUCCUUUGAGGAUUUUAUUGGGGUGGGGUGGGGGUGGGAAAGGCUUAUUCAAACAUAGCAUGCUCAUUAGAGCAUUUUUGCCCUUGUCCAUAGCUGGCUUUCUUUGCACCAAAGACGACAAUCUCCGGGGAAGGGAAGGGGGGAUAGUGUUUUAUACAGCCUUUUUCCUCAGUGGGCUCUUGUUGACAUAACUGAUUUGGAAACCGAGAUGGCUCUGAAGAGCUGCCAGAAAAACAGAGCAGGAUCUGGUAGUUUCUUUACAAACCAGCCGUAUUCCUUCACACACACACACAAUAUACGCUGAUCUCGUGAUUAUUAGCCACCAUGCAGCUUCAGCUGGUCAUGUGGAAGCCCUGAAGGUGUGGAAGCAAGCAGUCCAGUCUAAACACUUCAGCCUAAAAUUAAUAUUAUUAAUAUAAUGAAAAAGUUAAAAUAAUAAGGAUGAUAAUAAUAAGCUAAGGUGUUCUCUCUUUUUUUUUUUUUUGUCGUCUGUUUUUGUUUUUAAGAUAUCCAUGCUUCCCAAAAACACAGCAGGACAGUGUCUGAUUGUAAAUUUUUUAAAAAAUAAAUAAAAGCACAAUUUUACUUUUAUGGACAUCUCCAGUUUUGCUUAUGUGUUGAAUUGUCUUGUGCACAGCCAGGUUUAUACUGAGGGGUAGCACAACACCUCCUUUGCAUGCUGAAGGAAGUCCCAGAUUCCAUCCACAGUGUCUUCCGUUUUCAAGGAGCAGGUUGCAGGUGAGGAGGAAAGACCCCUGUCUGAGGCCAUGGAGAGAAAGUGGGGAAGGGCAUCGUUGGAGAGCAUCCCGGAAUACAGCCUUUCCUGAGCAAACCCUGUUCUGGCUUUGGUACUGGGUCACAAGUGUCAUGGUAGGUUGGCUGGGAUGGAUAGCCUAUCAGUGCUUCCCCAAAAGUGUCUUUCCCCUCACCCCACCUGCAGCUACCCAGAAGAUGAUUGAUGGUCCAUCCCAUGGACCGUUUCUGAGGGUCUUUCACGCCAGCCUUGGGAAUGUCCUCUGUUGGCCACCAGAGACUUUCCUCCUUCACUCCAAGGAGACGUCUUUGUUCUCCUUUGGCAACGGUCUCCCCAGAAUCCUCCCAGCUAACAGAGAAAAAGAAACGCCUCUGCCUGGCCCUCUCAGGAAGAAGACUGCUCUGCAGGGGUGGAUGGUGGGCCAGGAGUGUGAUUCAAGGGCAUCGCACCUGUUCACAGGGGACGCCCCGUCAAGGCGCAUUGGAAAUGCACCUUCCCACACAACCCUCAAUGGCAUUAAAACCUGGACAGGCCUUCAAAGUGGCAUCAAAGGCCUUCUCAACUAGAGGGUGUGUGCCCUCUAACAUCACAUAUUAUAAUGGGGAUGCUCUUGUGAUAUCCUUCUCCUCAUUCCACCCUGGUGACGUGGCUGAAGGUUUGUCUUAAUUUCCUCUGCAUAAAGCCUGCCCUUCACCAGUUUUAAAAAGCAUUUCUUCUCGGGUUAAAGAUACAGGAGGAUCUGUAUCUUUAACCAUCUGUAACCAACAGUUCCAAAUAUACCGAUGCAGUGUGUGAAACAGAGGCCAUGGACUCCAUGCUACCUUAGUGUUCAUGCACAAGCAUUAAGAUGCAUGUGGUGCUAGAGUGCAGAUGCAGAUAUAAACACACGCACACACCCCUCCAAUGGUUACAUAGCUAAUUACACAGAUCCACAAAACCUUGUUGUGGCCGGUGAUCAUGAGGAUACUUUAAGCAGUGGAUAUCUUUCAGGGUCAUUUCUGUUUGCAAUAAAAAUCCAGUGGGGUCAUUUUUUGUCUCAGUUACUUACAUUUUGGCAUACAAAUGAGCCCUUUCUGUUGUUAACUUUUUCUACCAGGGAGUAUUUUCUUUUUUCAUGGAAAGAAAUGAUACAUCCUGGAUAUAUUGUUUAGCAAAGUUGCUGUUGACAAUGUCUUAGAAAAGGGCAAAGUUGCAGUAUCACUGACAUGCAAGGUUGUGCAAGAGAUAUGCCACUGGGGUACAAAUUUACUCCAACCGUGGAUAAGGAUUCACACCCUAAAAUAGGAACUGUGAUUUAUUCAGGAUGGGGACCAUGGUUAACAAGGGCAGUUGGAGCAUUUGGAGGUGAGAUUAUGGUCUGUUUUGCAGGAUGCACAAAACUCCCCAAAAGCACUUCUUGCUUUCAGGGACUGGGGGAAAUUGGGCAAAGCACAAAAAGGGGGAACUGGGGGUCAACUGUAACAGCUGUUCAAGAUUCACUUUGUAAAACAAAAUCUUUUUAUACGAACAAACCCUCUGCUUGGGUCCUUCUGUACGAUAUCCUUGGAAUAGAAACCAAUAAAAGACAUUUGAUUUAA